AACAUUGCCUUUAUGAUCGGGGACCUUAUGUAUUUCUUCAAGCUUGGUCAGGCAAUCUCAUCAGGCAACUUUGGAUGCAUCAAACUCUUUCUAGGUACAUUUACUGAGUGUUUUGCUAGCAGUGGGUGCAGCAAUUAUGUUUCAGAGUGUUUGCAUCUCAUCCAGCAUCUCAAGAAGAUCUGGAUGCCCGAAUUUGUGUUUGUUGUUGGAAUUAGU